AUGUGUUUACAGUUAAAUUCUAGAAAAAAUGAAAAACCAAUAAGUACAGGAAUGUUAUUGAUACGUGUUGCUAUGGUUACUGGAUGGGAACCAAAUGUUGAACAGCUGAAUUCCCAGUUAGGCGCUGAGGAUGAUUCUUUAAAAAUGUUGACCAUCAAUGAACAAAAUGAAAUUUCAUUGUAUUUCAAUGAAUUUUCUGAAGAUGAAGCUAAUGAAUUAGGCGAUUGGGAACAGUUGAAACGAUGUGUUGAUGUACCUAUAAAUCAAGCUUAUUAUGUAGAAAAUGCCAAGAAUGCAACAAUAACAGCUUAUGAAUAUUAUUCACCAGAAGAAAGUAUUACUGUCACUUAUCGAUUAGAUGAGUGUAAAGAAGCAUGGCCUGUGAAUGAAAUGCCGCCUACAACUGAAACACCAUCAGUUACAUCAAGUGAACCAACAAUGAUAACUGAUAUUCCCUCGGAAGAUCUACUACCCACAGUGAAAACUCCAUGUCCUGUAUGUAUAGACAAAGUUACUGAUGUGAAAUCACUUCUAAAUGACGUAUUUAACUCUGUAUGCAGACAAUCCAGCGGGAUAUAUUUCUUAAAAGUUCAUGAAGUACAAGAUAACUGUAUCAAUGCUACAAUAACUCAUAUCAUACAGUCGAAUAUCACAGUAACUUGGAAUACAACUUUACAAAUACCUGAUUCAAAUCAAUGCCCUUGUGAAUUAAUUAAAACUCAUCAAAAUCUAGUUCUCCUUUUUAAGAAAUCUGCCGAUAUUUCUCCAGGUGAGGCUAAAAUCAAUAUUCAGGCAUUGAAUACACCUGUGGAAUUUAUACCUAACAAUGAAAUAUUACCAAUUCUUGAGGUAGCAGCUGACAAAAAAUGGUCUGAUAGUGAAAAAGCGAUUGUUCAUAAACUUGUACCUGAUGAGUCAACUAGUACUCAGGAUUGUAAACAAUUACCUAAACUGAUUGAAUUUAUAAAAAAGAAGUUUUAUGGUUAA